CUGUGAACCGAAUUACAAUCGUCUCCCAGUUUCAACUGCGCAACCUACGUCAUCAAUUUCGGCACCAGGCGUUUCCGUAUAGCCUAUCCCAAUGAAAAGUCUCAACUUUAGCUAGCCAUGUAUAUAAUUUGUUUCUGCAUUUGAGUAUUUAAUUUAGCUAAACAAUAUUGCUUGCACCAGGACCAUGAAAGGGGAACGUCUCACGUGCUUACAAUCACCACACGAAUGAAUUGUAAAUAGCCAUGUGGUUCUUUAGCAACUGAGCUAGCAAACGUUACUCACAUAGCCGCUAGUUGUUUUUCAGCAUUCAAAGGGCUAUUAGUCGUGCAAACAUCGCCACUAGUUUGUGAUGGACUUUACAGAGGAAGACGAAAUGGAGACAAGUGAUAAAGAACAAGCCUGGGGUAGGAAGGACCUGAUAACGCUCCUGCAUGGUAUCAAAGAAAACAUUCCCAAAGGUGACAUGAGUGUUUUCACUAAAGGGGAGAGGACACUGGAGUGGGAAAAGGUGGCUUUUGGUCCCUACUCUCCACAGAUGUGUCAUCAGAAGUGGAAGGAACUAUCAAAAAAGAUACGCAAGGUUCGUUCUCUAGCAGAGCUGGUCACUGAAGCUGAGGUUGCCUUUGAAAACCCUUUCCAGUGCCAGAACUGGAAGAUACACCCUGACUUCCCAAGGAGACCUACCCCGUCAAACGGCAUCUUCUCCAAAGAGAACUUUAAAAAGUUUAAGAAGCAGCAGCCUGAAAUGACACCUACUGAACUCUUUAAGUUAAUGAGUGAGAAGUAUAAUGAGCUCCCAGAGCACAAGAAGGCAAAAUAUAUUGCGAAGUUCCAGAAAGAGAAGGAAAUGUAUGAGAAACGCAUGAGGAAGUUGAGGAAAGAGUACUCUGGGGGGAAGAAGGUACAGAGAGACUGUUUAAAGAACAUAAAAGGGCCCCUCACACCCCACGGGCUCUGGUACCGCCACGAGAGGAGGGAAUUCCUUCUAGCCAACCCAGGUGCCAAAAGAGACUGUAUCAGGCAGAGUAUUGUGCAGAAGACGCGCUGGUCCAAGCUACCUGACGAGGAGAAACUCAAGUGGAUCAAUCGCUCUCUGGAGCAGCAGACACAGUAUGAGGAGGAGGAGAUGGAGGAGCACCCAGAGAAUAAAGGGAGUCGGAAGGCCAAGCAUAAGCCACUUCUACGCAAGAGUGAGAGACUGUUGAAGGACUUGGCAGACGGCAAACCUGACAAACCCCCAUCGAAGGCUUACAACCUUUUCUGUAGGGAACAGAAAGCCAACAUACAGGGAGAGGGACACUCUAACACCCAGUAUUUGGUGAUUUGCUCCCAGCGCUGGAAAGAAAUGACAAAGAGUAAAAAGGAAGACUACCAGAGACGCUGUGACAAGUUAAAGAAAGAAUACGAGGUCAACCUGAACCAAUUUUUGUGUACUGUGACAGAUAAGGAGCGCAUUCUAUUGGAGAACAGGAAAAGCAUGCAGACCUCAACGAUGGCUGCACAAAAAGUGACGAAAAAUAAGUUUCAAGGCGAGCCUAAGAAACCACCUGAGCGGGGUAACACAGUAUUUUACAGCGAGAAGAUGGCGGAGCUGAGAGCCAAGUCGAGCCGCCUCAGCUCCAGGAAGUGCAUGGCCAUGGUCAGCCCACUGUGGAAGAAGCUGGCCCAGAAGGAAAAGGAGCACUACCAGAGAAUAGCCCAGGAGAGGGCUAGGGAGUACCAAGUAGAGCUGCGCAGCUGGUUUAAUACCUUGUCCAUAAAGGAACAGGCAAAGUACUUGGAUCAAAACCCAAAUAAAUUGAAAAUCCUCGACAACACAGAGCAGAGAUGGAUGGCAAAGAAGGGCAGAACAUCAGACUCGGAGGAUGACGACAUCGACACAUCCAGUGAUGAAGAUGACUCUGAUGAGGAUGCCGAACAUAUGAUGGAAAAGGAGAAUUGGUCAGGGUGCUCCAGUAUUAGCUCCAGUUCUGAAGAGGACUCCGAUACAGAAUGAUACUGUCCAUAACCUAAUGACUGAAUUAAUGUCAUUGACACUUGUCCCAAUAAACUCAGGUGUUUAUUUUGA